AUGAAUACGGCGGGCGGGCGGGAAGACACAGGCGGGCGGGAGGACACGGGCGGGCGGGAAGACACGGGCGGGCGGGAGGACACGGGCGGGCGGGAAGACACGGGCGGGCGGGAAGACACGGGCGGGCGGGAAGACACAGGCGGGCGGGAGGACACGGGCGGGCGGGAAGACACGGGCGGGCGGGAAGACACGGGCGGGCGGGAAGACACGGGCGGGCGGGAGGACACGGGCGGGCGGGAGGACACGGGCGGGCGGGAAGACACGGGCGGGCGGGAAGACACGGGCGGGCGGGAAGACACGGGCGGGCGGGAAGACACGGGCGGGCGGGAAGACACGGGCGGGCGGGAAGACACGGGCGGGCGGGAGGACACGGGCGGGCGGGAGGACACGGGCGGGCGGGAAGACACGGGCGGGCGGGAGGACACGGGCGGGCGGGAAGACACGGGCGGGCGGGAAGACACGGGCUGGCGGGAAGACACGGGCGGGCGGGAGGACACGGGCGGGCGGGAGGACACGGGCGGGCGGGAGGACACGGGCGGGCGGGAGGACACGGACAAACACUUAUAA